AUGUCAGCCGGCCCCCAAUAUCGAAGUGAGAGUCGGAAUUUCAAUCCUGGUGGGCGUUACCCGGGUGACCAGCGUGGUCAAAAUUUUCUGCAGCGCCGACCAUCCAACUAUCAGCUAGGUCAUCAAACAUACGUCGACGACGACGAGGAUUUAGAUUACUGUCGUCCUAGAGGAUCGACGAUUGGUGAACUCGAGCAAGAUAAUUUCGCCGCACAUCGACGAAGAGCUUCUUUCGGCGGAAACUUAGGUGGAAACAACAUGUACGGCAGUGCGUAUGGAAUGGGCAUGAUGGGCUCGAGCCCCAGGGAGCAGAUGAUGCGCGCCCAGAUGAUGAGAGGUGAUCUUUACUCCAUGGAUCCGAUGAUGGGGCGCAUGGGCCUUGGUGGUGGCUAUGGUGGCCCGGGCAUGUACGGCGGAAUGGGCGGCUACGGUGCCGGUCCGUCCAUGUAUGGUGCCGGAUCAGCCUACGGCGCUGUGCCUACGGGCGCUUGUACUAAAGUCCAAUCUAAGACUCUGGUUCCUCUGGCCUUGCACAGCAACAUUUAUCCUCAAGAUACUGCCUAG